CCUUUCGAAACCAACACAUUUUUACUACCCUUAUUAUUCAAAGAAUAUAACUUUUUUGCUGUUAAAGUCAUAUUAUAAAAUAAAGUUUUGAAUACAACUGGCUCGUGAGUCGUGACCACAACAACUCAAAUAUACUAUACCUCUCUUUUGUAUAUAUACACCUCCCCUCAUCACAUUUUUUUCAAAUUAUUAAGCAUAUUUGAAACCAAUAUCUCUUCAUUUUCUUGUACCCUUUUGAAAAAUGGGUCGUUUUAAUAAUGUUAUUCUUGUAUGGUCACUCACAUUAAUGCUAUGUUUUAUUCCAUAUACUACUUUUGCUCAGCUUAGUCCAAACCAUUAUGCUAACAUUUGUCCAAAUGUUCAAAGCAUUGUUAGAUCAGCUGUUCAAAAGAAAUUUCAACAAACAUUUGUUACUGUUCCUGCUACUCUUCGUCUCUUCUUUCAUGAUUGUUUUGUUCAGGGUUGUGAUGCUUCAGUUUUGGUGGCAUCGACCGGAAGUAAUAAAGCAGAGAAAGAUAACGCUGAUAAUCUUUCAUUGGCUGGUGAUGGAUUUGACACAGUGAUCAAAGCUAAAGCAGCAUUAGAUGCUGUUCCACAGUGUAGAAACAAAGUUUCUUGUGCUGAUAUUCUUGCCUUAGCAACCAGAGAUGUUAUUAAUCUGGCUGGUGGACCAUCCUAUACAGUUGAAUUGGGAAGAUUUGAUGGGUUGGUUUCAAGAUCUUCAGAUGUUAAUGGAAGGCUACCUCAACCAGGCUUCAAUUUGAACCAGCUUAAUAGCUUAUUUGCAGCCAAUGGACUUACACAAACAGACAUGAUUGCCCUCUCAGGUGCACACACUCUUGGAUUUUCUCACUGCGACAGGUUCUCCAAUAGAAUCCAAAGUCCAAUUGAUCCAACAUUGAACAAACAAUAUGCAGCCCAAUUACAACAAAUGUGUCCUAGAAAUGUUGAUCCAAGAAUAGCCAUCAAUAUGGACCCAACAACUCCUAGACAAUUUGACAAUGCUUAUUACACAAACCUUCAACAAGGAAAAGGAUUAUUUACUUCUGAUCAAAUUCUCUUCACUGAUACAAGAUCUAGGGCAACGGUUAAUUCUUUCGCUUCUAGUGGUAACGUUUUUAACUCCAAUUUCAUCGCUGCCAUGACUAAAUUGGGUCGCAUUGGAGUUAAAACUGCAAGAAAUGGGAAAAUCCGUACUGAUUGUUCUGUGCUUUAAUUGAACAUGAAGUCGCAAAUAGUGUAUCUAUAUGGAGAAAUAUAAGCUGGAAAAUUCGCAAUGGGUGACUAGAUUAUUAUUUGUUAAUUGUUAAUAAAUUUGUUUGCGAAUAAAUAGAGUGGUUUGGAUGUUCCGAGAUGGAAUUUAAGGGGAGAGAAAAAAGUUGAGUUUUUCUUUAAUGUAAUGUUUCAAAUAAUUCAGUGUCCCCUAAAUUUAUGAACUUUGUUUAUUGAAAAUGAAUAUGUUGCCAAAAUA